AGAUUUCAUUGAGAACUCGGAAAGCAGCAGGUUAACAUCUAACAAGUGACUCCUCUCGAUGACUGGAGACUUUUUCUAAAAAAAAGAAAUAAUUCCGCACUCUUUCUUCACCUCCUCUGUCUCCUCUGGCUGUCGGAUUUAACUUCUCCUGCAAAGAAGGGAUAUUUAUUUUCAAGUCAACACCUGGAGUAAACCAAAGUGAGGAUCUAUGAGAACCCUACGUGGGAUUCAACGACGUUUGUGAAGCAGAAGAGGAGGAAUGUAUCGUUUCUUUGUGAAACUGACAUUUCUGAUCACCGCAGUCGUCUUCACACAAGGUCUAAAAUGCUCCGUGCCCACUGAGUCGUGCCUGAAUGGAGGACGAUGUGAACCCACCUCGAAUGGAAAUGGAGAGUGCAAGUGUCCCAGUGACUUCGUAGGCAGCCGGUGCCAGUACCCAAGUCCCUGCAGCCCUUCACCUUGCCGCAACGGUGGCGAAUGUCGUCCGGUUUCCCAUGGCAACACAUUUGAUUUCCGCUGCGUGUGUCGCCUGGGUUUCACCGACCGACUGUGUCUGACCCCCAGCAACCAUGCCUGCAUGAGCUCUCCCUGUCGCAAUGGAGGAACAUGUGACCUCAUUACCCUGGCUGCCUACCGCUGCCGCUGCCCACCUGGGUGGUCAGGUAAAACAUGCCAGCUUGCCAACCCGUGUGCUUCCAAUCCGUGUGCAAACGGUGGCCAGUGCUCAGCAUUUGAUUCCACCUACAUCUGCACAUGCCCGCCUGCUUUUCACGGUCAAACGUGCAAGCAAGACAUCAACGAGUGCGCUCAGGCUCCCUCUCCCUGUCUUAAUGGUGGCAUGUGUGUGAAUGAGGUGGGUUCGUACCACUGCCGCUGCCCUACAGAGUACUCCGGUAAACACUGUGAGACCCGGUACCUGCCAUGCAGCCCCUCACCAUGCCUGAACGGAGGCACCUGUGUCCAGAAGGGAGACACCAUCUAUGACUGUAGCUGCCUGCCAGGCUUCACGGGUCAACAUUGUGAGCACAACAUCGAUGAUUGUCCAGGCCACAACUGCCAGAAUGGUGGUGUGUGUGUAGAUGGUGUGAACACCUACAACUGCCAGUGCCCGCCUCAUUACACAGGUCAAUACUGCACGGAAAAUGUGGACGAGUGUGAGUUGAUGCCCAAUGCGUGUCAGAAUGGAGGGACGUGCCACGACACUCACGGCAGCUAUCACUGCGUCUGUGUUAACGGUUGGACUGGCGACGACUGCAGCGAAAACAUCGAUGACUGUGCCAGUGCAGCUUGUUAUCACGGUGCGACCUGCCAUGACCGCGUAGCUUCAUUUUUCUGCGAGUGUCCUCAUGGGCGCACAGGUUUGCUGUGCCACCUUGAUGACGCCUGCAUUAGCAACCCGUGUCAAAAGGGCUCCAACUGUGAUACCAAUCCGGUCAAUGGCAAGGCAAUCUGCACCUGCCCCCCAGGUUACACUGGGUCAGCCUGCAACCUGGACAUUGAUGAGUGCUCCCUCGGUGCCAACCCUUGUGAACAUGGUGGUCGCUGCCUCAACACCAAAGGCUCUUUCCAGUGCAAGUGUCUCCAAGGAUAUGAGGGUCCUCGCUGUGAGAUGGACGUCAAUGAGUGCAUGUCUAACCCUUGCCAUAACGAUGCCACCUGUCUGGAUCAGAUUGGCGGGUUCCAUUGCAUCUGCAUGCCAGGAUAUGAGGGAGUGUUCUGCCACAUCAACGCAGAUGAGUGUGCCACCCAACCUUGUUUCAACAAUGGCAAAUGCAUCGAUAAGAUCAACUCAUUCCAAUGCGAGUGCCCCAAAGGUUUCUCUGGGAAUCUGUGUCAGGUGGACAUUGACGAGUGUGCCAGCACUCCCUGUAAAAAUGGAGCUAAAUGUACAGAUGGUCCCAACAAGUACACCUGUGAAUGUGCUGAAGGGUACACAGGGCAGCACUGUGAGAUUGACAUCAAUGAAUGCUACUCUGACCCCUGCCACUAUGGCACCUGUAAGGAUGGCUUGGCCUCUUUUACUUGCCACUGCCACCCAGGCUACACUGGCCGUCUGUGUGAGACCAACAUCAACGAGUGUCUAAGCCAGCCCUGCAAGAAUGGUGGUACCUGCCAGGACCGGGAGAACACUUAUAUCUGUUCCUGCCCUAAAGGCACAGCAGGUUUUAACUGCGAGGUGAAUCUGGACGACUGCAAGAGCAAACCCUGUGACUAUGGGCGAUGCAUUGACAAAAUCAACGGCUAUGAGUGUGCAUGUGAGCCGGGUUACACAGGAUCAAUGUGUAACAUCAACAUCGACGAGUGUGCCAUUAAUCCCUGUCACAAUGGCGGCACCUGUGUCGACGGCAUCAACAGGUUCACCUGCUUGUGCCCUGAGGGCUACAAUGACGCCACCUGUUUGUCCCAGGUGGACGAGUGUGGCAGCAACCCCUGCAUCCAUGGACGGUGCCAGGACCUCAUCAAUGGCUACAAAUGUACCUGUGACUCUGGAUGGAGCGGAACAAACUGCGACAUCAAUAACAACGAGUGCGAGUCCAACCCGUGCAUGAAUGGAGGGACUUGCAAGGACAUGACCAGCGGAUACCACUGCACAUGCAGAGUUGGCUUCACCGGACCUAACUGCCAAACUAACAUCAACGAGUGUGCCUCCAACCCCUGCCUCAACCAGGGCACCUGCAUCGAUGAUGUGGCUGGAUACAAAUGCAACUGCUUGCUGCCUUACACUGGUGAUAACUGUGAGACCUUGCUGGCACCCUGCAACCCCAGACCCUGUAAAAAUGGGGGUGUGUGUAAGGAGGCUGAAGACUACCAGAGCUUCUCCUGCAUCUGUCCUGAAGGAUGGCAAGGUCAAACAUGUGAGAUCGAUAUCAACGAAUGUGUGAAGGGCCCAUGUCGCAAUGGAGCUAUUUGCCAUAACACUAUGGGUGGCUACCAGUGCAAGUGCCAGCCAGGUUACUCUGGCCAGAAGUGUGAGACUGACAUUGACGACUGCAAACCAAAUCCCUGCAGUAAUGGUGGUUUGUGCCACGACAGCAUCAACAGUUUCACAUGUACCUGUCUGCCUGGGUUCCGCGGUGGCAGAUGUGAGCAGGACAUAAACGAGUGCGAGAGUAACCCCUGUAGAAAUGGAGCCAACUGCACAGAUUGUGUCAACAGCUACACAUGCACCUGUCCGCCUGGUUUCAGUGGCAUCAACUGUGAGAUCAACACCAACGACUGCACUGACAGCUCCUGCUUCAAUGGUGGCACUUGUGUGGAUGGAAUCAAUGCCUUCACCUGCCUGUGUCUCCCCGGCUUCACCAGCAGCUACUGCCAAUAUGAUAUCAACGAGUGUGACUCCAAACCAUGCCUGAAUGGAGGGACUUGUCUUGACAGUUAUGGGACUUACAAGUGCACCUGUCCCCACGGCUACACAGGAAUCAAUUGUCAGAAUCUUGUACGCUGGUGUGACUCUUCCCCCUGUAAAAACGGAGGAUCGUGCUGGCAGCAGGGAGCCUCUUAUACCUGUCAGUGCCAGACUGGAUGGACUGGCCUCUACUGUGACAUCCCCAGUGUGUCCUGCGAGGUAGCAGCCAAACAGCAAGGUGUGGAGGUAGGCCAGCUGUGCAGAAACUCAGGCCAAUGUUUGGAUGCUGGAAACACACAUUACUGCCGCUGCCAGGCCGGCUACACUGGGAGCUACUGCCAGGAGCAAGUGGACGAAUGCUCGCCCAAUCCUUGCCAGAAUGGAGCCACCUGUACUGAUUAUCUGGGAGGUUACAGUUGUGAGUGUGUCGCGGGCUACCAUGGUGUAAACUGCUCCAAAGAGAUCAAUGAAUGUCAGUCUCAGCCGUGCCAGAAUGGAGGCACCUGCAUCGACCUCAUCAACACAUACAAAUGCUCUUGUCCCAGAGGAACACAAGGUGUCCACUGUGAGAUUAAUUUGGACGACUGCAACCCCUCCACUGACCCACUGACCAAUGAGCCCAAGUGUUUCAACAAUGGCAAGUGCGUGGACCGCAUUGGCGGCUACCAGUGUGUGUGCACGCCCGGAUACGUCGGCGAGCGCUGUGAAGGCGACGUCAAUGAGUGUUUGUCAGAUCCAUGUGACCCCAGAGGCUCAUACAACUGCAUUCAGCUCACCAACAGCUACCGCUGCGAGUGCCGUACUGGCUAUACAGGUCAGCGUUGUGAUAAAGUGUUCGAUGGCUGCAAAGGAAGACCCUGCAGAAAUGGAGGCACAUGUGCUGUUGCCAGUAACACACCGCAUGGUUUCAUCUGUAAAUGUCCACCUGGAUUCACUGGCUCUUCUUGUGAGUACGAUUCUCGUUCCUGUGGGAGUCUGAAUUGCAAGAACGGAGGUACAUGUGUGUCAGGUCACCUCGGCCCACGCUGCUUGUGUCCACCAGCCUUCACUGGCCCGGAGUGCCUGACGCCCACUGAGAGCCUCUGCAUCUCGAACCCGUGCUACAAUGGUGGAACGUGCCAGAUCACACCAGACGCUCCUUUCUUCCAGUGCAGCUGUCCCAGCAAUUUCAACGGCCUGCUGUGCCACAUCCUGGACUAUUCAUUUAUUGGGGGCUUUGGUCGGGACAUCACUCCACCUCCGGAAGUGGAGGUGAGCUGUGAGAUUCCUCAGUGUGACGAGUGGGCGGGGAACCACAUCUGUGACUCGCUCUGCAACAACCAUGCAUGCGGCUGGGACGGAGGAGACUGCUCGCUGAAUUUUGACGAUCCGUGGCAAAACUGCUCGGCUGCUCUGCAGUGCUGGAGAUACUUCAAUGAUGGGAAAUGUGACGGCCAGUGCAACAGCCCUGGUUGCCUUUAUGAUGGCUUUGACUGCCAAGGACAGGAAGGUCAAUGCAACCCACUUUAUGACCAGUACUGUAAAGAUCACUACGCCGAUGGCCACUGUGACCAAGGAUGCAACAAUGCAGAAUGUGAAUGGGAUGGUCUGGACUGUGCUAACAACAUGCCAGAGAAGCUGGCAGAUGGGCACUUGGUUCUGGUGGUCCACAUUCCCCCUGAACAACUUAAAAAUCAUUCCUCAGCCUUCCUCAGAGACCUCAGCAGCGUCCUCCACACCAAUGUGAUCUUCCGUCGCGACGCCAAAGGUGAACCGAUGAUCUUCCCCUACUAUGGCAACGAACAGGACCUGGUGAAACACAACGUGCUGAAGCGCUCUGCAGAUGGUUGGCCUGAGUGGGCUUCCGUGCCAGCCAAUGUUUUGGGUCAGGUGAAGGAUCAUGUGACAGCAAUGGUCAGCCCACGGAAACGCAGAGAGCUGGACCCUGUCCAAGUCAAAGGGUCUGUGGUGUACUUGGAGAUUGACAACCGUCAGUGUUAUCAGCAGUCUACUGAGUGUUUCCAGAGUGCCACAGAUGUAGCUGCAUUCCUCGGAGCCCUGGCCUCCAGUGGGAAUCUCAAUGUUCCUUAUAUUGAAGCUGUCACAAGUGUGAGACCCACGCCCUCCUCAUCAGAACUAUACCCAAUGUAUGUGGUCUUCCUGGGGUUGGCUGCUUUGGGUUUCAUCUGCCUGGGUGUUCUUGUGUCUCGUAAGCGGCGACGGGAGCACGGCCAGCUCUGGUUUCCAGAGGGAUUCAAAGCGUCAGAACCCAGCAAAAAGAAACGCAGAGAGCCUUUGGGGGAGGAUUCUGUCGGACUGAAGCCUAUGAAAAACUCAGACAUCAAUCUUAUGGAUGACAAUCAAAAUGAAUGGGAUGAUGAAGAUCCAGACUGUAGACGCUUCAGGUUUGAGGAGCAAUCUAUGUUGGAUUUGAGUGACCACACUGACCACAGGAAAUGGACACAGCAGCAUCUGGAUGCAGCUGACCUACGUAUUCCAUCCAUUGCUCCUACACCGCCUCAGGGAGAGAUAGAGAAUGAUUGCAUGGAUGUUAAUGUCAGAGGACCAGAUGGUUUUACUCCCCUGAUGAUUGCCUCCUGCAGCGGUGGAGGACUGGAAACUGGAAACAGUGAAGAGGAAGAAGAUCCCUCUGCAGAAAUCAUCUCCGACUUUAUUUACCAGGGUGCCAAUCUUCACAACCAGACUGACCGCACGGGUGAGACUGCCCUCCACUUGGCUGCUCGCUAUGCCCGCUCUGAUGCUGCCAAACGCCUCCUGGAGUCCAGCGCUGAUGCCAACGUUCAAGACAACAUGGGCCGCACUCCACUUCAUGCUGCUGUGGCUGCAGAUGCACAGGGUGUCUUCCAGAUAUUGAUCCGAAACCGUGCCACUGAUCUUGAUGCUCGCAUGCACGAUGGAACAACACCGCUGAUUCUGUCUGCCCGACUCGCAGUCGAAGGCAUGGUGGAAGAACUUAUCAACUGCCACGCUGAUGCCAACGCCACAGAUGAUUCUGGUAAAUCUGCUCUUCACUGGGCCGCUGCUGUAAACAACGUAGAAGCUGCCAUGGUGCUGCUGAAAAAUGGUGCCAACAAAGACAUGCAAGAUAACAAGGAGGAGACACCACUCUUCCUUGCGGCCCGUGAAGGCAGCUAUGAGACUGCCAAGGUUCUUCUCGAGCACUUUGCCAACCGUGAGAUCACCGACCAUCUUGACCAGCUGCCCAGAGACAUCGCACAGGAGCGCAUGCAUCACGACAUUGUCCGCCUCCUGGACGAGUAUAAUGUGGUUCGGAGUCCUGGGCUUCACAACGGCCCCCUAAGCACCUCCACCCUCUCUCCACCACUCUGCUCACCCAAUGACUACCUUAGCAACCUCAAGCCUACCCUUUCUGGCAAGAAGGUCCGCAAAAUUAACUCCGCAGGAAAAGGAGGGAAGGACGGUGGCAAGGAUAGUAGAGUGAAAAAGAAAAAGUCUCUUGAUGGGAAGAAUAAUUUGCUGGACACAUCAGCGGUUCUUUCCCCAGUUGAUUCCCUGGAGUCACCGCAUGGUUAUCUGUCAGAUGUGGCCUCUCCUCCCAUGACAUCACCCUUCCAGCAGUCUCCGCCUAUGUCUCUCAAUCACCUACAAGGCAAUGGAGAUUCUCUUAUGGGCCAGAUGAGCAUGGGUAAGGAUAUGGUCUGUAUGUCCUUUGACACAAACCCACCUCGUCUUUCCCACCUGCCUGUGUCCAGCCCCAAUAGUCAGGGCACCGCGUCCAUAGUUGGAAGCAGAGGAGGCCAGUGUGACUGGGUUUCCAGGAUGCACCCAGGUGUGGGCCAGCAAGGAAGCUUCACGCAAGCACCCCCCAUGUCCCACAACAUGAUGGGUCCUCUGCAUGGCAUCAGCACGGCCACACUAUCUCAGAUCAUGGGCUACCAGAAUCUGCAGACCAGCCACCUCAACUCAUCUGCGCACAUGAUGCAGCAGGCUCACUCGCGGCAGCUCCAGCACCAGAACUCCAACUCCACCACAGCAGGCCAGUCCCUCAACCAGAGCUUCCCCAACAUCGAGAUAAACGGCUCCGACAUGCAGCAAAACAGUGUUUCAGGCCGCUCCAUGUCAGUCCACACUGUCAUGCCGCAGGAGACGCAGAUCCUUGGCACCCAGUUUCUCACCCCUCCCUCCCAGCACAGCUAUUCCGGCCCCAUGGACAACACACCUAACCACCAGCUACAGGUCCCUGACCACCCAUUUCUUACUCCCUCCCCUGGCUCCCCUGACCACUGGUCCAGCUCGUCCCCACAUUCCAACAUGUCCGAUUGGUCAGAGGGAAUCUCCAGCCCACCUACAAGUAUCCAUUCACAGAUGAAUUUGAUCCCAGACCAGUUUAAGUAGAGACUUGUUGAAAUGAAAUAAUAACAUUUGGUGGGACAAACGAUAUAUAAACAAAGAAAGUGACAAACCUGUCUCAAGACUGAAUGGUCCUUUUUAAAUAUCAGUUUUUAUACUAACGAUAAGAACAGUUUUGGUAAUUUUGUAUUUAUUUAUGUGAUUUUUUUUGAUCUGGAAUAUAAAGAAGAUGCUUUUAUAUUUAUGCUUUUUAAGUUUUUCGUUAUGUUUUGUUAUGUAUGGAAAGAUUAGACGCUGUUUGAAAGGAGUGUAUAUGAGAAAAAUGACUCCUACAUGUGUACACUGGCUAUUUAUUUGUGUCUUGUGUUGCUAUUUUCACUGGAUUUAUUUUAAUUCUGUGGUGCGUUUGGUCUUCACAAAUGGUAUCACGUUACAUUAUGUUUGUACAGAUUUUUUUUAUUUUUAUAGUUUAUUUUAAAAUAUUUCAGUAUUAAUUAUAUUUUAACCUCUUCUGUCUUUGAAGUGACACAGGUUUUGUUACUGAACCACAUUUCACUAAGUCUUAUCACUGAGUUAGAUGUUGAUCAUAAAUAUAUAUAAUAUAAGUGUCACCUUUAAUAAUGUUGACUAUUACACUGACCUCUUUUGGCAAAAAUGUACGAGAAUUAAGGACAUAGGAGAUUUGGGACCUUAAAGCACAGAACAAACUUCUCUUAUCUUAUCUAGCUUUUCAACAUGAGUGGAAAAGCAUCUCUAAAAUCAACCUGGGCCUGUUUUCGUUUAAUAAUGGUCUGGGAUGGUUGAUUGAUUUGUGAUCCUUUAUGAUGUACGGACUGUCUCUUUAUUUCAUACUGUGUCCCAAAUCAAUGAUUAUGGUUACCAUGUUUAACCUGUUGAGUGUUGAAUCUGCAGACCUGUUGUAGAAAGCUGAAAUGUUACAUUCACCACAGUUUAAAAAUAGUGCCAGUGUGACUUUUCUUUUUCCAAAGAAAAGCAAUGUAUUUGUGUCUGUAAAAGGUGGAGAUCGUCGUUUGUGAAAGAACUGGGGACCUUUGUACGUUUAUUAACACCACCUGCACUUUGUAAUGGAGUGUGGUUUAAGGUGUCGAAAUGUCAUGUUUUAUAAACUAAUGCAGAGAUAAAAGAUGUUUUAAGAGAAGAUGUAAUUCAAAAUAAUGUUCAUGCAAAGUUGUAGUUUGCAAAGUAUUUCCUGGUUAAAAUGUUUUGUAAAAUUUGUCUUGAUUCAAUAAAAAGCUGCUGUCAAGCUUUAAA